GUGGGAUUUUGGUAGGAGGAGGUGGAUGUGUUUAUAUUAUUCAACUUGAAAGCAUGUUGGAGUAGUGAAGGCUUGCUGUAGUUUAUUAAGCGCUAUAACCGUUCUCAGGACCAAAGUGCGAUUUUUCAGCUUUCCAGCAAAACACUGAAGCUCUGGUCACUGAGUUAAUUAACAAAGAGGCGUCGCAUGGCAUGAGGAGCAGCUGCAAGACGAGUAAACAUCACCUUCAGCAUCAUUUCCUGACACGUGUUCGUAUGUUCACGGCGUUUUCACACAGGCAAACCAGCCUAAGAAAUGUUAAUAUCAUCCUCACUGGUGAAGUUUAAAAAAAAAAAAAAAAGCUCAGUCUGUACUGAUUUCCAUAUCCUUAUUUUUAACAUGGCUUAACUCCCUGUAAAGUCCCAGCAUCAGCGUUGUUUAAAACUCUGAAACCGAGCUCUGCAGCAGAUAGUUCAUGCUCUUGGACACAUGCUCCUGAUCCUGCUGUCUCACAGCAUUGUGAGGAUGAGCGCAUAGAUACUGAUGUGGGGAACUCGAGCUCCAUGGAGCAUGUCUCCUUUGUGGAUGAGCAGAAUGCAGGAUUCAAGAUGAGGCCUCUAAAAGAAGAGCCUGAAGAUGAAGAUUAUCUCUGUGGAGGAACAUCGGGCUCUGUUGGACACUCCAUCCAGAACAUGGAAUUUCUGAAGAAUCCUAUAAAGGUGGAAGAUUUGGAAAAUAAACUUGAAGUGGAAGAUUCUCACUGUGAAGGAACAUCGAGCUCUGUUGGACACACGGUUCAGAAUACCGACUUUCUGAAGAAUUCUAUAAAAGAGGAAGACUUGGAAGAUGAAGACUACCUGUACUGUGAGGAUUGCAAAGUCUUCUUCAUAAACAAAUGUGAAGUUCAUGGUCCGGCUGUCUUCAUCCCUGAUACUCCUGUUCCCCUGGGCAUCGCUGACAGAGCCAGACAAACACUCCCACCCGGACUAGAGAUACGGGAGUCCAGUAUUCCUCAUGCGGGUCUGGGAGUGUUUAAUGAAGGGGAGACUGUUCCAGUUGGUGCACAUUUUGGACCCUACCAGGGAGAUCUGGUAGACGGAGAGGAAGCUAAGAACAGUGGGUAUUCCUGGGUGAUAUUUAAGAACAGACUGCAUGAGGAAUACAUAGAUGCUAAGAGAGAGGUGCAUGCUAACUGGAUGAGAUAUGUGAAUUGUGCUCGUAUUGAUGAGGAGCAGAACUUGGUGGCUUUUCAGUAUCGAGGGGGGAUUCUGUACCGUUGCUGUCGACCCAUUAAUCCAGGACAGGAGCUGUUGGUGUGGUAUGAUGAGGAGUAUGCCAAAGACCUUAGUGUUGUCUUUGACUACCUCUGGAACAAAAAGUGUUCUCCAAAUGAAAUCAAUGACAGCCUGUUGCAUGUCUCUUCGUGCUCCUUGUGCCCACUUUUCUAUACGUCAGAGAAGUCCCUCCACAGACACAUGAGAAGAUGCCACCCUGACCAGCAUGUGAAACCGACUGAACCGACUACGCACGAUCUGACCCCCACAGUAAGCUUCAGCGUUGAACAAGUAUCCUCUGGUACUCUCCUCACUACCAGCUCUCAACAACAAAUGCAGAAGGAACUGCACAACUGCUUAGAUUGUGGAAAGAGUUUUCUUCUUCAGAGUGGUCUACGACAACACCAGUGUGUUCACAAAAGACAGAAGUUGUAUCUCUGCUCACAGUGUGGGAAGAGUUUUUAUCUUGAAACCGCUUUCAAACGACACCAGCGCAUUCACACAGGAGAGAAGCCAUAUUGCUGUUCACAAUGCGGAAAGAGUUUUACUUAUCAAAGUACCUUCAAACUACACCAACGCGUUCACACAAGAGAGAAGCCGUAUCACUGCUCACAGUGUGGAAGGAGUUUUUCUCAACAGAGUUCCCUCCAAACACACCAGCGUGUUCACACAGGAGAGAAGCUGUAUCACUGUUCGCAGUGUGGAAAGAGUUUUACUCGUAAGACUCAAGUCAAACUACAUUAUCGCAUUCACACAGGAGAGAAGCUGUAUCACUGCUCACAGUGUGGGAGGAGUUUUACUGAAAAGGGUAAUCUCCGAACACACGAACGCAUUCAUACAGGAGAGAAGCCGUAUCACUGCUCACAGUGUGGGAAGAAUUUUACUGAAAAGGGUAAUCUCCGAACACACCAGCGCAUUCACACAGGAGAGAAGCCGUAUCAGUGUUCACAGUGUGGAAAAAGUUUUACUCGUCGGAGCCCCUUCAAACUACACCAACGUGUUCACACAGGAGAGAAGCCAUAUCAGUGCUCACAGUGUGGAAAGAGUUUUUCUCAGCAAAGUUCCCUUCAAACGCACCAGCUCAUUCACACACAAGAGAAACCAUAUCACUGUUCACAAUGUGGAAAAAGUUUUACCCGUAAGACUCAAGUCAAACUACACUAUCGCAUUCACACAGGAGAGAAGCCGUAUCACUGCUCACAGUGUGGGAGGAGUUUUACUGAAAAGCGUAAUCUCCAAACACACGAACGCAUUCACACAGGAGAGAAGCCGUAUCGGUGCUCCCAUUGUGGAAAGAGUUUUUAUCAACAGCGUUACCUCCAAAUGCACCAGCGGGUUCACACAGGAGAGAAACCGUAUCUCUGCUCAGACUGUGGGAGGAGUUUUACUCACUAUAACAGUCUAAAACGACACCAGCGCACUCACACAGGAGAGAAGCGGUAUCAGUGCUCGGAGUGUCAGAAGAAUUUUACCGAAAAGCAUGAUCUCCAAAUACACCAGCGCAUUCACACAGGAGAGAGACCGUAUCAGUGUUCACAAUGUGGAAAGGGUUUUACUCAUCAGAGUCAUGUCAAAGUACACGAACGCACUCACGCAUCAGAGAAGCCGUAUCGCUGUUCACAGUGUGGGAAGAGUUUUGCUGCAAAGAGGACUCUCCAAGCACACAUGCACAUUCACACAGGAGUCAAGUGGUAUUGCUGCUCACAGUGUGGGAAGAGUUUUACUGACAAGUCUAAUCUUGAAACACACCAGUGCCCUCACACAGUAAAGAAACUGUAUCAGUGUGAACACUGUGGAGAAGAUUUGACUCAUCCAAGUGAUGUCAAACUACAUGAAUGCGUUCACCAGUGGCGGCUUGCCAAUGCGGAGCGCUGGGGCACCACCCCCUCUCCAGAUAUCAUGAACUCUGCAGCAGAUAGUUCAUGCUCUUGGACACAUGCUCCUGAUCCUGCUGUCUCACAGCAUUGUGAGGAUGAGCGCAUAGAUACUGAUGUGGGAAACUCAAGCUCCAUGGAGCAUGUCUCCUUUGUGGAUGAGCAGAAUGCAGGAUUCAAGAUGAAGUGUCUAAAAGAAGAGCCUGAAAACGAAGAUUAUCUCUGUGGAGGAACAUCGGGCUCUGUUGGACACUUAAUCCAGAGCACUGAAUUUCUGAAGAAUCCUAUAAAGGUGGAAGAUUUGGAAAAUAAACUUGAAGAGGAAGAUUCUCACUGUGAAGGAACAUCGAGCUCUGUUGGACACACGGUCCAGAAUGCCGACUUUCUGAAGAAUCCUAUAAAAGAGGAAGACUUGGAAGAUGAAGACUACCUGUACUGUGAGGAUUGCAAAAUCUUCUUCAUAAACAAGUGUGAAGUUCAUGGUCCGGCUCUCUUCAUCCCUGAUACUCCUGUUCCCCUGGGCGUCGCUGACAGAGCCAGACAAACACACCCACCUGGACUAGAGAUACGGGAGUCCAGUAUUGCUCAUGCGGGUCUGGGAGUGUUUAAUGAAGGGGAGACUGUUCCAGUUGGUGCACAUUUUGGACCCUACCAGGGAGAUCUGGUAGACGGAGAGGAAGCUAAGAACAGUGGGUAUUCCUGGGUGAUAUUUAAGAACAGACUGCAUGAGGAAUACAUAGAUGCUAAGAGAGAGGUGCAUGCUAACUGGAUGAGAUAUGUGAAUUGUGCUCGUAUUGAUGAGGAGCAGAACUUGGUGGCUUUUCAGUAUCGAGGGGGGAUUCUGUACCGUUGCUGUCGACCCAUUAAUCCAGGACAGGAGCUGUUGGUGUGGUAUGAUGAGGAGUAUGCCAAAGACCUUAGUGUUGUCUUUGACUACCUCUGGAACAAAAAGUGUUCUCCAAAUGAAAUCAAUGACAGACUGUUGCAUAUCUCUUCGUGUUCCUUGUGCCCACUUUCCUAUACGUCAGAGAAGUCCCUCCACAGACACAUGAGAAGAUGCCACCCUGACCAGCAUGUGAAACCGACUGAACCGACUACGCACGAUCUGACCCCCACAGUAAGCUUCAGCGUUGAACAAGUAUCCUCUGGUACUCUCCUCACUAGCAGCUCUCAACAACAAAUGCAGAAGGAACUGCACAACUGCUUAGAUUGUGGAAUGAGUUUUCUUCUUCAGAGUGGUCUACAACAACACCAGUGUGUUCACAAAAGACAGAAGUCGUAUCGCUGCUCACAGUGUGGGAAGAGUUUUUAUCUUGAAACCGCUUUCAAACGACACCAGCGCAUUCACACAGGAGAGAAACCGUAUUGCUGUUCACAAUGCGGAAAGAGUUUUACUUCUCGAAGUACCUUCAAACUACACCAACGCGUUCACACAAGAGAGAAGCCGUAUCACUGUUCCCAAUGUGGAAAGAGUUUUUCUCAACAGAGUAACCUCCAAACACACCAGCGUGUUCACACAGGAGAGAAGCUGUAUCACUGCUCACAGUGUGGAAAGAGUUUUACUCGUAAGACUCAAGUCAAACUACAUUAUCGCAUUCACACAGGAGAGAAGCUGUAUCACUGCUCACAGUGUGGGAGGAGUUUUACUGAAAAGGGUACUCUCCGAACACAUGAACGCAUUCAUACAGGAGAGAAGCCGUAUCACUGCUCACAGUGUGGGAGGAGUUUUACUGAAAAGGGUAAUCUCCGAACACACCAGCGCAUUCACACAGGCGAGAAGCCGUAUCAGUGUUCACAGUGUGGAAAAAGUUUUACUCGUCGGAGCCCCUUCAAACUACACCAACGUGUUCACACAGGAGAGAAGCCAUAUCAGUGCUCACAGUGUGGAAAGAGUUUUUCUCAGCAAAGUUCCCUUCAAACGCACCAGCUCAUUCACACACAAGAGAAACCGUAUCACUGUUCACAAUGUGGAAAAAGUUUUAAACGUAAGACUCAAGUCAAACUACACUAUCGCAUUCACACAGGAGAGAAGCCAUAUCACUGCUCACAGUGUGGGAGGAGUUUUACUGAAAAGCGUAAUCUCCAAACACACGAACGCAUUCACACAGGAGAGAAGCCGUAUCCGUGUUCCCAAUGUGGAAAAAGUUUUUAUCAACAGCGUUACCUCCAAAUGCACCAGCGGGUUCACACAGGAGAGAAACCGUAUCUCUGCUCAGACUGUGGGAGGAGUUUUACUCACUAUAACGGUCUAAAACGACACCAGCGCACUCACACAGGAGAGAAGCGGUAUCAGUGCUCGGAGUGUCAGAAGAGUUUUACCGAAAAGCGUGAUCUCCAAAUACACCAGCGCAUUCACACAGGAGAGAGACCGUAUCAGUGUUCACAAUGUGGAAAGGGUUUUACUCAUCAGAGUCAUGUCAAAAUACACGAACGCACUCACACAUCAGAGAAGCCGUAUCGCUGUUCACAGUGCGGGAAGAGUUUUGCUGCAAAGAGGACUGUCCAAGCACACAUGCACAUUCACACAGGAGUCAAGUGGUAUUGCUGCUCACAGUGUGGGAAUAGUUUUACUGACAAGUCUAAUCUCGAAACACACCAGUGCCCUCACAUAGUAAAGAAACUGUAUCAGUGUGAACACUGUGGAGAAGAUUUGACUCAUCCAAGUGAUGUCAAACUACAUGAAUGCGUUCACCAGUGGCGGCUUGCCAAUGCGGAGCGCUGGGGCACCACCCCCUCUCCAGAUAUCUAAAAAAGAAAGUCUACUUCAACAUGUUAAAUAUAAAUUCAUUGUAUAAUGCAAAGUAAUUGUGAAAUAUAAAUUGUUUACUCAUACAGUG